AUGAUUGGAGCAAAACCCGAGAGGCAGAGACUGGGAGAAAUCUCACCUAUUGAUAAGAGAACGCAACACGAAGAGACCACCGCAUUUAACGUUGGAGAUGUGCCUGUUGCAGUCUGGCGGGAAUGCCUCGCCGGCGGACUCGUGGUUGCAUGCGGCGCCAGCGAGGAAAGAGGAGACGACUUGGUAGCGCCGGCCCGCCCGAGGUAUAGCAAGGGAAGGCCACAACUGGGCGGCAGCCCCCCGCAAAAUUUUGCCCACUUGUUGCCCUGGGUCUCUCCCAUUCUCAUACUAGGCUCUACUCAGUAA